UUAAAUAUCGCUGAUUAUAAAUGGGAAGAAAUUGAGAAACCCAUGACAGAGGUAAAAGUUUUAGAAAAAAAAAUAAUCUCGGAGUCACAGCCGUCACUCAAUACUGUAGUGGCGGAUGUUCUACAAAUCACAAAUAGCGAUGAAGCCCACCACAUCGCGUUUUGUGACGAUUUCAAAGGAGGGUUAGUGGCGGCUCUAGAACGCCAUCGGGACCGCCUCAAGAAUAGGUUGGACGAAAAUAUCAAGGAUAGCGAUUUACUUGAGGAAGCUGUCCAGAAUAUAUUUUCGUAUGCUAAGAAAAUGAUGGAGGCAUUUCAUUUGGAAAAAACUCGCCUAAUCGUUGAUCUUAACAACACAAAAACUCUCCUAGCGAAUGCUGUAAAAUCAGAUUCUCGAGACUUAUUCAGCAAAAAUGCCGCUGGUGAUAUCCGGAGAUGCGGAAUGACGGAUGAGGAUGCAUAAAGCGGUAUAUAUUGUAUUCUACCCCGUAGGCGGCCCCCUGCAACCCUGUAUAGUUAGUAUGCAUGAUUUUUAAAAGUGUAUAUAUUGAAUCAUAGUUUGUAUUUAUGUUUAUUUUUAGUUAGUAUUAAUUAUUUUUUAAGUGUAUAUAUUAAAUUUUAUAUUUAUGUUUAUUUAUUUAUUUUCUAAUAAAAACGUAUUUAACAAUAUACAUGAGUUUUUCUUACUUUAAACUUAGAGAAGUAUUUAAUUUUUAUAAAAUAAUAUUUAUGACAAAGGGGGUAAGAAACAAAUUUACUUUAAAAAAAGUUAAAAUAUUAUUUUAAAUCAAGCUUUUAUACCUAUCAAGUUCAUAAUUAUUCUAGCAUAACUUUAUUAUCAUUUUGAAUCAACUUUUUGUGAACCAAGUUCUAUAGUUCGUCCAGUCUAAUUUUUAUAAAAUUUCUUCUCUCCAUCUUAGUAAGACUUAUAUCGUCAUUUACACCAUAAUUCGAUCGCUUUAAAAGUAGUUUUAAAUAAAAAGCAAAAAAUUAUAAUUUUGGUAUCCAUCUUAACCGCUUUCAACAUAAAGAGUAAAAAAUAAGCUUUUUAUUAUCAAACAGUUUAGUAUUAAUUUUAUGUUUGGGUAGUAAAAUAUAACUUAGCAGGUUGCAGUAUAACAUAUAAUUUAAACAUUUAUUUAAAGUUGUAUUA